AUGGAUACACUAUAUCGUGUCUCAGAAUAUCUCUUCGGCCCUGCAAUUCCUCAUCGAGAACCAUGUGGUCGAUCAGCACAAAUCAUGUCAGAUCUUCAUCUGGAGCUCAAUCGACAAUACGCGACUUUCGACUUUCCUGUCAAAGCACCUUUUCUUAUUCUCGGGGGCGAUAUAGGUCGUUUAGUCGACUAUGAUAUGUUUCUCCCAUUUCUCGCACGCCAAACAGCUCGUUUCGAAAAGGUCUUCUUAGUCCUUGGUAACCACGAGUUCUACGAGAUGAGCUUUGAGGACGGUAUUGAAAAGGCGAGGGAAUUGGAGAAAGAGGAGGUUCUUGAGGGAAAACUUGUGAUUCUGGAUCGAAAUCGCUGGGAUGAUCCGGAUUCGAAACUCACCAUUAUCGGCGCAACAUUAUGGUCGAAUAUCCAUUCUUCAGCAGCUGAUACCAUUGCCCUCCGAGUAUCAGACUACAAACUCAUCAAAAACUGGACCGUCGCCAAACAUAACGAGUGUCACGCCCGGGAUCUCGCCUAUCUCACAGAGACCAUAUCCGAACUCAACAACCUUCCAGAAGAAUCUCAGAGAAAUGUCUUGGUGGUAACACACCACGCACCCUGUGUAAAAGGGUCUUCUAAACCAGAACAUGCGAAUGCACCGUACAAGACGGCGUUUUCGACGGAUGUUAUACAGGCUAGGGAGUUUAUGCAUGGAGUGCAAGUUUGGAUGUUUGGUCAUACGCAUUAUACGACGGAGUUUAAGAAGGGUGGUGUGAAGGUUGUUGCGAAUCAGAGGGGGUAUGUUUUGGGGUAUAAGGGGCCGCCGUUGGAGAACACGAAGGGUUUUGAUGAUGAGAGGGUUGUAGAGUUAUGCCAUUGGGUAUCUGCUCUCGAAGAGCUUGGAGUUGUUAAGAGUAUGCCUUGGGCUAUGUUCGAAUACAAGGAUGAUGAAAGUACAAAGAGACUCAAUUUACUCAAACUUACAGUGUUAAUACCUGAUGUUAUAUAUCAGUGGUGCCCUCAUUGUUUGAUCUUCUUGCACAUCGUCUCACCUGCACGAUUUCCGCAACCAAAAAGCUCCAUGAGUAUUGUGAUAAUACGAAAUUGA